UUAAAACCGCUCAAAAGAGCGCUUCUCUAUAUAUUUGCUAUACAAAAGAUUGCAAAAUUUUGCGGAGAUGAUCGAGUAAUUUGCAUGGCCGGCAAUUUCCUCGCCAUUGACAUUGAACUGCUCUCUUGCCUCUUAUCGCGCACACACAUCCAUCGCUGAUUUUUAUUGUUUUACCUGCCCCGCGCGCGGAGAAAGUGCAAUAAACCCGCAUGUGUGAAUUUUUUUGCAUCAGUGUAUUGAGAAUUUACUCGUGGAGGAGAAGAUCUUUCACGUAAGAACCCCAAGGCAUAGGACGGUGGGGCAACGAUCAUCACACCUGGCCCGCGUGCUGCUGCUGCGAUAAUUCCCCUUCUUCGAGACACACACGGAGAGCAUCGCGGCACGUCGACGUGAUCUUCGUGCUUGUAGAAAGUGUGCGCGAGGUCCACUCUCACCCAUUCUACAAGAUUCCACUUCAGGAAGAGAUCAAGCGCGAGCGCGAGCGCGAGUGCAUUUAAAGGCACACAAAAGUGCCCGAGUGAUCUCCAGUCUGGGUUCGAUCGUGGAUCAGUGAACAAGUGAUUGUGUGUGGUUGGAAGAUCUCCAUAACGCUUUGUGAAUAAAAAGAAUUUAAAAAAACCAUCUCCUCUCCCCCGAUAAUCCCCAGCUUAGACAUGGAUGUCAAUGAAUUUCGUGAAUUUGGGAAAGCCGCCGUGGAUUUUGUGGCUGAUUAUCUUGAAAAUAUCCGCGAUAAGGAUGUCUUGCCGAGUGUUCAUCCUGGAUAUUUGCACAAAUCACUUCCGGAAGUGCUACCAGAGCAGCCCGAAGGUUGGCGCGAUGUCAUGCGGGACAUGGAGAAGUUCAUCCUUCCGGGAAUUACUCACUGGCAGUCCCCCAAUUUCCAUGCUUACUUCCCAACUGCCUGCUCCUAUCCAGCCAUCGUUGGGGAACUUCUUACUUCCGGUUUUGGAAUUGUUGGCUUCAACUGGAUCUGCAGUCCAGCAUGUACGGAGCUGGAGGUGAUCGUGAUGGAUUGGCUGGGAAAGCUUCUGGAUUUACCUGAGGAAUUUCUCAAUUGUCACGAUGGCCCUGGUGGUGGUGUGAUUCAGGGAUCAGCCAGUGAGUCAAUUCUCAUUGCUGCCCUCGCGGCGAGGGAGCAAACUGUCCGGAGGCUGCGUGAGGAGAACCCAGAGAUGAGUGAAAGUGACAUCCGGGGACGUUUGAUAGCGUACAGCAGUGAUCAGAGCAAUAGUGCCGUGGAGAAGGCGGGAAUCCUCUCAGCUAUGCCCAUGCGCCUCCUCGGUACGGAUUCCAAAUGUGCUCUACGCGGAGAAACCCUUCGGCAGGCAAUUGAGCAGGAUCUGGCCAUGGGGAACAUCCCGAGUGUCUGCAUUGCCACCCUUGGCACCACAGGAACGUGUGCCUUUGACAAUAUCGAGGAAAUAGGGCAGGUUUGCCGUGAAUACAAUGUGUGGCUUCACAUUGAUGCUGCCUACGCCGGAGCUGCCUUCUGCUGCCCAGAAUACAGGCCGCUAAUGAAGGGAGUCGAAUUGGCGGAAUCCUUCAAUUUUAACGUCCACAAAUGGAUGAUGGUGAACUUUGACUGCUGCGCCAUGUGGCUCAAGAAUGCCGAUCUCCUCGUUCAAGCCUUCAAUGUUGAUCGCAUCUAUCUCCAGCAUCGCUUCCAGGGUCAAUCAAAAGCUCCGGACUACCGUCAUUGGCAAAUCUCUCUGGGCAGGAGAUUCCGUGCACUGAAGCUGUGGAUAACCCUUCGAACAGUCGGUGCUGAGGGCAUUCGUCGGCACAUCCGGCAUCACGUUCACCUGGCUAAGCACUUUGCCGCCCUCAUCGCAGCUGAUGAACGUUUUGAGGUGAUCGGGGAGGCCACAAUGGGCUUGGUGUGCUUCCGCAUUCGUGGCGAAUGUUCCGCCACGAAGAAACUCCUGGAGAAGAUCACCGAACGCAAGAAGAUCUACAUGAUCCCGGGCAAUGUUCACGGACGAAUUGUUAUUCGUUUCGCCAUCUGCGGAAUGAAUCCGCAGCUGAGUGAUAUGGAUUUUGCCUUCCAGGAGAUCCAGCACGUCCUCAAUGAAGUUCACAUACCCAUCGAAGAGAUCUCCGACAAGAUCCGCAAUCACUUCUCCAAGAAAAUCCGAAUUACCGCCUCCGAGGAGAGGAUCCAGUGAUCUGUGUGCCCCAAGAUGGAGCAAACUUCUUUUUUUUUUACUUCUUUUCGGUGUAUUUUAGCUGAAGAUUUUUUUGUCUGUCUUUUUGGUCACGUGCGAGAGAUAUUAUUUUUCUUAUUUGUAUUUUACAAUUUUUAAAUAUAUCGCUGUUUACACACGCCUCCAAACAA